UCUCCUCCCCCACAGCUGGAUAACAGCACGAUAAAGGCUGGAAAACACACACACAUACACACGCACACGUCUCCGGAGCAUCUCAGCAUGCUUCUCGCUCACUGUACCAGCACUAGCACGCAGUAACAGAGCGUGGACGUGGAGGAAAGCUGCACAAACCGUUAGAGAACAAUGAAUGCGGGCUGAUUUCACAGAGCCUGGCUGGAUUACAAAGGAAUGGCAUCAAGCCAAUAGGAAAUCAGCUGAGGCCUUCUUCUGAGCUCUCUCCUGUGAAGAACAGAGGGCUGCUGAGAAAUGAAGGCCAGCAUGAAGCAGUGGCGGUUGGCGCUUGGGCUCAUGCUCACCUGGGCACUGCUCUUCCUUGCCCUUUUCUCGUACUUCAUGGAGUCACGUGUGGAUGAAGCCAUGGCGCUCUCACAUGCCGAUACACGCCGCCUCACCUCUGUGCAGGGCAACACUCGCAGCGUGGUGAUGAUCUCUCGCCAGGUUUUGCCUGUCACUUCAGCAUCCACAACAUCCAGAGCGCAAAAAGAGCAGAUACCCGACAGCGAGCAGGACACCUACGUUUACCCAGAUGCCCAUAAUAUAGCAACGUGGAGCUCACGGUCAGGCACUGCAACCCAUAUUCAGGGAAAACAGGAAAGCAAUCAAACCAACGAACUGCUGGAAGAGGAGGAUGAGGAAGAGGGAAUGAUUGAUGAGGAGGCCAGGAGCAGAACAGAAACUAACAGCUGGUUUGACUCCAAUCCAGAGGAGUUCUACCCCUCCAAGUCAAAGUCAGUGGUGCAGCGUCUAUGGCAGGGCAGUGCCUCCGUGGACAUGCUCAGUCCGCGCUUACAGAAGGCAGUAAAAGACUACAUGAGCACUAAUAAACACGGGGUGUCCUACAGGGGGCGGCGAAGUGCUCGGGUAAGUAAGAAACGCCUUCUGUGUGAGAUGAAGAGGAAGGUCAAAGUGAUGACACUGGAUGGAGAAGAGCUACCAUUCUCUUCACUGGGCUGGAAGAAGAUUGUACCUCCUUUGCCUCUUGAGCGCCUCUAUGGCAAAGGGUUCCGCUCCUGUGCCGUCGUCACUUCAGCUGGUGCCAUCCUCCACUCCGGCCUGGGAAAGGAGAUUGAUUCCCAUGAUGCUGUUCUGAGGUUUAAUUCAGCCCCUACCAAAGGUUAUGAAAGAGACGUCGGGAAUAAGACUACAAUUCGCAUCAUCAACUCCCAGAUCCUGGCUAAUCCCAACCACCAAUUCAACAGCAGCUCACUGUAUAAGAACGUGACUCUGGUGGCCUGGGAUCCUGCUCCAUACGCUGUCAACCUGCAUAAAUGGUAUAGGAACCCAGACUACAACCUUUUUACUCCUUACAUGAAGUACAGAAAGCAGUUUCCUGCUCAGCCUUUCUAUAUCCUGCAUCCCAAGUUCAUCUGGCAACUAUGGGAUAUGAUCCAGGCCAACACACUGGAGAACAUCCAACCCAACCCACCUUCAUCAGGGUUCAUUGGCAUCUUGCUGAUGAUGUGGAUGUGUGAAGAGGUUGACGUGUACGAGUACAUACCUUCUCUAAGACAGACUGACUUGUGCCAUUACCACGAGCGCUACUACGAUGCUGCGUGCACACUGGGAGCCUAUCACCCUCUGCUCUACGAGAAGAUACUCAUCCAGCGUGUCAAAUCUGGUUCUAACAGCGACCUCUGGGGAAAAGGCAAGGUCACACUCCCUGGCUUUAGGACCAUCCACUGUGACCCCUGAACUCUGAUCCCAGAGGAAAGGUUGCAAUAAUUGGAAAGCAGGUAUGAGGUGUUACCUGCAGGCAGUCCACAGAGACAGACUCUGCUCUUUCGGGCAGUUUUUAGUUGCGUUCUCUGAGCCUUGUGUGAUGUAGAGGUCAUUGGGUAGCAAUAGGUUUGUCAUAGAAAAGCUGUUUUUAGGUAUCUGGUGAUUUUUGCUGUAGCUAGCCAUCAUUUGACAAGACUGACAGUGUUUGUGUGCCUGUGAUGGAAUUGAAGAAUAGUCAGAAAACGUCACCAUUAUAGACACACACACACACACACACACAUGUAAAAUAUAAAUUAAUGCGCUUACUAAAAAUGAAGAUUUUUUUUAUUGCUGUAAUGAAACCCACUGCUUUACCAGAGAUGAUACCCGAGUAGUAUUUGGUUUCUGUUGUAUUAUAGUUUUCUCAGCUGUUCACAAACGAAAAACGUGGUGCAUGUCUGAAAGUACUGCCUGGUCUGUGCCAUAUAGUGUCUAUAUUGUAAAUGACAUCACUUUUCUCUCUUGAAUGUUCAUUCGCCAUGAAACGAUUGUCGAACGAAAAAAAUACAGGUGGAAGCACUAAAUGCCAUUUCAUAGCACACGUCAUACAGCUGAGAAAACAAAACUUCCAAACAAAUCCUUCUUUACUCUAAAGUUACCGUCUUGGUUCGGAAAAAUCUGAUACUGUUAAUAUGUUGAGGGUUUGAUGAGCCAUUCCCUUUUCAAAAGGUCCAAAACCACACUCAUUUGACUGUAUUUAUUGUUUUUUUUUUUGUUUUUUUUUAGCCCUUUGGCAAUAUAACCAAUGAGCAGUGGUUGUAUUAAUAGUGUAAUGUGUUUACCAGCACCGUCUGGUUCUUUUUCUGUAUUUUGUCCAGGAGGUCACAGGUCUUCGUGUGCUCCUUACGGAGUGGUCAAAAGCGAAUGAAAACAAAAUUUCCUUGCAUUGUAUUUUGGAACCUUUUUUUUUUAAAACUGAUUUUUACCUUCACUUUGUGUUUUAUUGAUGUAAAUAGAGUUGUUUUG